GUGCACGUAAAUACGGACGAACUUCGCUGCGUCUAUGUUUCACCGCAGCUAAAGCUAAGGGCAGUUGCAGCUGUGUCGCUUAAGUGAUCGUGAAGGCUCGCAAAUAACUGUGAUGUGUAUGUAUGUAUGUUAGCAUGUACGACUGGCAGAUAGUACAGCAAUUUGUCACCCAUAUCCACACACGGUAAUCUUAAGCGUUGCUUGAGCAUCGUACGCAUGCGCCGGAGUCACGAUAAUGAAUUAUGUGAAUAGUCAUAGCGUCGCAAGUAGCAUCGGCAGUACGAAUAGCAGCACCACCAUCACCGCCACCACUAACUACAAAAACAAAAACUUCAACAAUGUCUAUGCCUCGAGCAGUAGAGGAGGAAGUGCCCCCCCCACCGAUACCGUCACCGGCGUUAAUAACUCGCUUUACUAUUGGCAGUAUACGGCAGAUGAGUUGUCCGAAUUCUCACUCGUCGCACCAGAGUUGGAGCCUUCCAUGCAACAACUAUCUUCAGCGCCGCAGCAACCCGCAUCAACAUUCUCAUAUCAGCAAUCAAAUACCCGCUCUGACAAUCGCAGCACGGAAGCUCAAGGCGAACCGCCACCUCACUUCUAUACAAGCUUCAACAUCUCCGACGAUAUCUUCGACUACUUCAAUGGCUUUCUCGAUAGCGCCGAACAGCAGCCACAGCAGCUGUUGACCACUACUGGCACUGAAGUUAUCACUCCAACCACCGCCUCUACAGUCAUCGCAUCCAAUGGCUCGCUGACAUCGUACAUAUACGAUGUUAGUAAUGGCACCCGCGAUCCGCACCUGGGCGAGUUUCUCGGCCUGCUUCCCAACGAUCGUAUCUCGCUAUUAUCGUUUCUUUUCCUCUUCUCUUUUGCCACCGUAUUCGGAAAUUCACUGGUAAUUUUGGCUGUUAUACGUGAACGUUAUCUACACACGGCUACAAAUUACUUCAUUACGAGCCUGGCGGUAGCUGAUUGCUUGGUGGGUUUGGUUGUGAUGCCCUUUUCGGCGCUGUAUGAAGUGCUUGAGAAUACGUGGUUCUUCGGCACCGAUUGGUGUGACAUUUGGCGUUCGCUGGACGUACUCUUCAGCACCGCCUCCAUACUGAAUUUAUGUGUGAUAUCAUUGGAUCGUUAUUGGGCCAUCACCGACCCCUUCUCGUAUCCGAUGCGCAUGACAGUGAAACGGGCCGCUGCGCUCAUUUGCGCUGUGUGGGUAUGUUCGAGCGCCAUUAGCUUUCCAGCGAUUGUGUGGUGGCGUGCGGCGCGGGAUGGCGAGAUGCCCGCCUACAAAUGCACCUUUACGGAGCACCUCGGCUAUUUGGUAUUCUCGUCAACAAUCUCAUUUUACCUACCACUGCUAGUCAUGGUUUUCACAUAUUGUCGCAUUUAUCGUGCGGCGGUGAUUCAAACGCGUUCACUAAAAAUCGGCACCAAACAAGUGCUAAUGGCGUCCGGUGAACUGCAAUUGACAUUGCGCAUCCAUCGUGGUGGCACGACGCGUGAACCUUCGACCAGUGCAUCGCAUCAUCCGACAAUUCACGGUUCGCUGGGUGGCGCGCCCAGUGGCGAAGGCGCACAACACCAUCGACACCAUUCGCAUCUUCACUCGGCACAUCACAAUCACAGUACGUCCGGCACGACGACUUCGACACCCGAAGAGCCCGACGACGAGCCACUAUCGGCGCUGCACAAUAAUGGCUUAGCACGGCAUAGACAUAUGGGAAAGAAUUUCUCGUUGUCACGAAAGUUGGCGAAAUUCGCCAAAGAGAAGAAGGCAGCCAAGACACUGGGUAUAGUAAUGGGUGUAUUCAUCGUGUGCUGGCUGCCGUUCUUUGUUGUAAAUCUUCUUUCCGGUUUCUGCGUGGAAUGCAUCGAGCACGAGGAAAUAGUGUCGGCGAUAGUGACCUGGCUGGGAUGGAUAAACUCCUGCAUGAAUCCGGUGAUAUAUGCCUGUUGGAGCAGGGAUUUCAGGAGAGCUUUUGUGCGUCUGCUAUGCGUUUGUUGCCCACGCAAAAUACGCCGCAAAUACCAACCGACGAUGCGUUCUAAAUCACAGUGUCAUGUUGCAGCCGCAAUGGUGGCCGCCUCCACGCCAUUCAGCUACUCUUCCGUACAACAGUAUGAAGGCAAUCGUUCGAUCAUGUGACGGCAGCUGAGCAGCUGUAGCUCCUGUAGCGGUAGCAGCAGCUGCGGGCGAAACAUCGUACAUCAUCAUCAUCAUACGCAUCCGCACACGCACUUGCAACAACAUCAACAACAGCAGCAGCAGCAGCAGCAGCUACAACGCAGUUGCACACGCUGCCAGAGCUUUCAUCGUCAUCAUCAUCGACAACGACGGCGAAGCUCUGCGUUGCGUGAAGACUUCAGCAGCAUGCCGACAUCUAGCAAUGACUGCAGCGGCGCUAGCAAUAAGAACAAUACCAACACUAAUGGUCGCGGCAAUGGCGGCAGUAACGGUAGUCACACAAAAGCGGUUGUUACUUUUUCACCACCGAUUGUUGCAGCAUCGAUGCAAGUACCGCCUUCGUUGUCUGGCUCAAUGAUCACCAUUUCCUCGGUGCCGACAUCGUUAAUGUUGGGCGCACCGCCAACACCUGCAGGCGGACACUCACGCAGUGCGGCCACAACACCGCUUACGACGAAUGUCAGCGCAAAUGCGACGAACACCACGAAGCAUUGCAGCUUUGCGCUUACGCCACUCAUACCGCCACCGCCACCGCCAAGGCAAUUGUCGUUUCUCACUUCAGCGCGUUUUCAUGCGAACGCCGCCCACAACGCUAGUAAAGCGGAGGCGGCACCGCAUACGCCACCUACAACAUUUGGCAAUUCAACGCUUUUGCCACCAACAAUAGCAACAGCAUCGGCACCAUCACUUAUCGAAACAGUAGGCAAUUUGGCACAGUCGCCGCCGCCAAUCGUGCCGCUCACACCACUAACGCCAAGUUCACACACAGAGCUCGAAGAGCACGGCAAGCAUGCGCCACUGGAGGCUCAACAAAGCGCGCUUAGUCAAUUAACUACAUUGGAGGAUGUUGUCAUAAGCGGCAGUGCGUGGAGUAUACGUGUGGAGGAUGAGUGCAGCGAAUGAAGGCGAGCGAGUUGGUGAAAGAUACAGAGAGAGAGAGAGAGAGAGAGAGAGAGAAACAAGGCUUCCGGAUUUCAUACUACAAAACUAAUACUUUUUAGUGCAGCCGCUAAGUCAUGCAAUGCGUUAAUAUAGCAAAGCCUCCUAGUACUUCCAUGCAGCUGUCAAGCAGUUACACUCAUAAAGGUAAUCGUAAAACGUCGCUCAUUUAUAAAUUUAAUGACAACAUUUAAGCAAUUAAUUGUCUGCUCUGCUAUGCAUUAUAAAAUUUCUUGUAAAAAAAAACUUUUAUUACUAAGCGUAAGUUCUCUUUUGACAUAAUGUAAGUGGCUAGUUUAAAUAGCGUCUAAAUAGAUAUACUUAAAGAGAUAUUAUAUGUAGCAGUAAGAAUAAUUCGAGAAAAUUACUUCGUGUGUUAUUUAUAGUA